UCCCCCUUCCUUGGCCUUUUUCUGCAUUCCUGCCUCACAGUUGAGCUUCCAGCCAGCCCUGACUUCUCCCAGAUAUAUCUUUAGUGCAGGCGGAAAGGCAAAGCUCCACUUCCUGAACUUGUCAGCCCUUCCCUCUCGGAUCGACUCUUGUCCAGCCUAUGGCCUGCUCUUCUUCAGCUCUUUUGCCAGGUGAUGCCACUGCCUUUGCUGCCGCACUCAGGACUCUCAUCAACAACCCACAGUUCAGCGAUGUGACAUUUCUGGUUGGCAGAGAGCAGCAGGAGGUCUUUGCCCAUCGCUGCCUCCUGUCCUCCCGCUGCCAGGCCUUCCACUCGAUGCUGAGCCAGUCCCAGGAGGUUCGUGCCCCAUUGAUCCUGAGACAGGUGCAGCCAAAGGUGUUCCUCGCCGUCAUUGAGUAUCUGUACACUAAUGCUGUUUCCCUCAACAACCUCAUUGCCCUGGAGGUCUUGACAGCAUCCAUGGAGUAUGGGCUGGACGACCUGAGAAGGAUAUGUGUUGAAUUCAUCAAAGACACACUGAAUGUGGAACAGGUCUGUGAAGCCUUUCAGGCAGCAGUUGCAUAUGAGCUAAUAGACUUGCAGAAAUAUUGCCUGACUUUCAUUGAGAAUUGCACUCAGGAAGUGGUUCAAACACGUGGCUUCCUUGAGCUGUCAGAACCAGCAAUGCAAAUUAUCCUACGGAGCAACUGCUUGGCUAUUGAUGAGUUGAAACUGAUAUAUGCUGUUCGCGAAUGGGCUCACGUUGGAUCUGCAGUCCUGGGCAAAUCUGUCCAUGAAAUGGCAGAGACAGUGGUGUCGGGCCUGCGUCUGGCUCUGCUGUCCCCAAGUGAGCUGACCACAUUGGAGGAGGACAACAGAAGGGACCAGCUCAUACCGGUAGAAAGUUUAGCUGAGGCCUGGAAGACCCUUGCCCUUUGCAAAAGGCGUGGCACACGAUCAUCCUUGUGCCGGCGUCGCCGUGGCACACUCUCUCGGGAACACCAUCACCGCCUUGAUCCCCAGCACAAGUGACAGACUUGACCUAUGAACCAAAAGAAGUACCGGUACUUCUGUGGCCAAAGCAGCCAACUUGGGUGUUAGACCUGGGAACUGCUAUGGGAAUGCCUUAUGUGUGUGUGAAUGGGAGCAUCCUGGCUGCAGCUAAGAAAGUGUUCAAGUGGAAAAAAGCAAAGGAAGAUUUCACAAUAUGUAAAAAGACAAUGUCUUGCAUCUAUCAGCACUAGGCCUCUUCCCUCCAAGCUGGGAUUGAAUCUCAUGCUCUGGAUUUUGACCCCAUCUCUGUUGUUUAUUCCAACUCAUUUCUAUGGUCCCAGGUGAGUUUUCAAUAGUCAGAUCAGCUUCGGGAUAAAUUUCUUUCGCUUUUUUUUUCAUGCCAGGUGCAACUUCAGAGGCUGCAAGUUGCUUCUGGUGUGAGAGAAUUGUCCGUCUAUAAGGACAUUGCCCAGGGGAUGUCCUGAUGUUCUGAUGUUUUACUGUCCUUGUGGGAGGCUUCUCGCAUGUCCCUGCAUAGGGAGCUGGAGCUGACAGAGGGAGCUCAUCAAUGCUCUUCCUGGAUUUGAACCGGCAACCUUCAGGUCGGCAAUCCAACCUUCAGGUCAGCAGUUCUGCUGGCACAAGGGUUUAACCCACUGCGCCACCAGCUCUGUGAGACUUACUUAUGUUUUGGACACAGGAGAAGAAAUUUUGUGCUUGCUGCAUUAAUAACCUAGAGUUCAAAAGUCAUCUGGUAUCUGCCCUCACCCACCUGGCAGUAAUUCCCCACCAAAAGGAUUUCAUAGAAUCAUAGAGUUCAACUCUCUGUUCACUGCAGGAUCUCCAGCCAGAGCAUCCCUAGCAGGUAGCACCUGUAUAUUGGUUUUUUGUGGCCUAAAUGUAGAAUUUUGUAUUUGAAUUUUUUUAUUAAUUUCAGCCCAGUUUUCUAAUUUACUGAAGUCUCUUUGAAUUCUGUUUCUGUCUUCCAAUUUGUUAGCUCCAAGUAUUAUAUCAAUGCAAGUUUGAUAAGGAUUCCAUCUACCCUUUCAUCUACAUUACUGAUAUGGAUUGAUUUUGGAGAUACGGGAAUGUUAGCAAGACAUCUCUGAAUAAGGACCAGUGCAUUCGUCCUUGUGGUCCAUCCAUCAAUGGCUAUGGACAUUCACAGAAGACUCCAGGGAAGGGAUGAUGCAUGGAUUUGGGGUGGUAACAGUUGUGUGCUUUGAAAUGUCCGUACUGGAUGUAAACCUGGAAAUAGAAGAGUAUUUAGAGCUCAUGUGCUGAGUUCAGUGCUCAUGGCACUCUAAAGAAAAAAGCAUGCCAUAGCGAAUGCUGCAUGGAAGAAUAUAGCAGCACUGCUCAGACCAUUUUAUUUUAGCCUGAAUUUCAUUGAUGGAGUGAUAUUAAAGGCAUGGGUAUUAAGCACUUCAGCACAGUUGUAGGAGUGGAAAAGAACAUGAUAAAAUACAAAUUGACAUGCCAGUUUGAUAUUAUUGCAUUUCAAGAAGUAUAUUUACACCCACAAAAGUUCAAGCUGAAAUAAAUCGUUUUCAAAGGUGCUACAGGAUCUCCCGCCCUCUCUUUUUUCUUUUUAUGCUGAAGCAAACAAAAAAAAACCUUAUAUAGGCUUGCCAAAGCACAGGAAACAGGCUAUAUGUGGCAUUUCUUUUAGAAGGAAAAUGCUAAUUAAGGGGAAAUUAUUUUAUAAUAGCCUGAGUCCUGGCUGAAAGUGCCUGAACUAUUAGCAAAACACCAGGGACAUUUUUAUAUCAUAUUUUGAUUCAUUUUAAAUGGAAACCUAACAACAAUGAUGGCAAUAAUUUACCGUAGUUAUAAAAUAUUCAGCACAAAUAAAAUUAGCACUUGUUAAAGGUGAUCAGCAUGACUUCUUGUGACCUUUAGUGUUUGUCAAAUAAACACUAGUCCUGGAAAAUAUGGGGAAAACAGUCCAAAGAACAUAUUUAAUGUAAAUACAUCCUUACAUGGACCAGGGUAGCUGGAUUUUGCUGUAUGUACCAUACAUCCUUGUGUAUAAGUAAAACAAUGUAGACAUAAAAUCAAGCAAAAAAAACCCUCUAGGUCGACAUAUCCAUGGAUCAGUGCUCGAAAUAGAUUAUGACAGGAACAGUUGAGCUCUGUGUGGCAUGAAUUUGGCUGAAAGAAAGAGAUGGAGAAGAACAAGAAAAUCAAUGCAUCUCUAUUAGGGACCCAAUGUGAAGGCAGUAUCAAGAGGCAGAGAUUUUAAUAGGGUUUUAAUAGUGAUCCUCACUUAGAAUCAUAGAGUUGGAAGAGGCCACAAGGGCCAUCCUGUCCCCCUGCCAUGUAGUGGCACAUGAUCAAAACACUCCUAACAGAUUGCCAUCCAGUUAUCCUGGAUCUUUUCUUCUCUCUAUGAGCCAUGGGGUUCUGUUUCCCCAGGUAUCUCCCUUCCUUUGCCAGGGUGAAAUUCAAGUAAAAAGGUAAGUGAAGUAGUGCAUGGGUCCAGCUCCUCUUCCUGUAUGCCACAAGUAUCUGUUUUGCCUUGGCAGGGAAAGGAAAGUACCAGGCAAACAGAGACACAGGUUAUGCUUACCUAUCCCUAUCUUCAAGAAGGGAAAAAAGAACGACCCAAACAAUUACCGCCCGGUCAGCCUCACAUCAAUACCAGGCAAGAUUCUCGAAAAGAUCAUUAAGGAAGUGGUCUGCAAACACUUAGAAACAAAUGCGGUCAUUGCUAAUAGUCAACACGGAUUUACCAAAAACAAGUCAUGCCAGACUAAUCUGAUCUCUUUUUUUGAUAGAGUUAUGAGUUGGGUUGAUACAGGGAAUGCUGUGGAUGUAGUGUACCUGGAUUUCAGUAAAGCCUUCGACAAAGUCCCCCACGACCUUCUGGCAAACAAACUAGUAAAAUGUGGGCUAGACAAAACUACGGUUAGGUGGAUCUGUAAUUGGCUAAAUGAACGAACCCAAAGGGUGCUCACCAAUGCGUCGUCUUCAUCAUGGAAAGAAGUGACAAGUGGAGUGCCGCAGGGCUCCGUCCUGGGCCCGGUUCUGUUCAACAUCUUUAUUAACGACUUAGAUGAAGGGUUAGAAGGCACGAUCAUCAAGUUUGCAGACGACACCAAACUGGGAGGGAUAGCUAACACUCCAGAAGACAGGAGCAGAAUUCAAAACGAUCUUGACAGACUAGAGAGAUGGGCCGAAACUAACAAAAUGAAGUUCAACAGGGACAAAUGCAAGAUACUUCACUUUGGCAGAAAAAAUGGAAAUCAAAGAUACAGAAUGGGGGACACCUGGCUUGACAGCAGUUUGUGCGAAAAAGACAUUGGAGUCCUCGUGGACAACAAGUUAAACAUGAGCCUACAAUGUGAUGCGGCAGCUAAAAAAGCCAAUGGGAUUUUGGCCUGCAUCAAUAGGGGAAUAGCGUCUAGAUCCAGGGAAGUCAUGCUCCCCCUCUAUUCUGCCUUGGUCAGACCACACCUGGAAUACUGUGUCCAAUUUUGGGCACCGCAGAUGAAGGGAGAUGUUGACAAGCUGGAAAGCGUCCAGAGGAUGGUGACUAAAAUGAUUAAGGGUCUGGAGAACAAGCCCUAUGAGGAGAGGCUUAAAGAGCUGGGCAUGUUUAGCCUGCAGAAGAGAAGGCUGAGAGGAGACAUGAUAGCCAUGUACAAAUACGUGAGGGGAAGUCAUAGGGAGGAGGGAGCAAGCUUGUUUUCUGCUGCCCUGCAGACUAGGACACGGAACAAUGGCUUCAAACUACAGGAAAGGAGAUUCCACCUGAACAUCAAGAAGAACUUCCUCACUGUGAGAGCUGUUCGACAGUGGAACUCUCUCCCCGGGGCCGUGGUGGAGGCUCCUUCCUUGGAGGCUUUUAAGCAGAGGCUGGAUGGCCAUCUGUCGGGGGUGCUUUGAAUGCGAUUUCCUGCUUCUUGGCAGGGGGUUGGACUAGAUGGCCCAUGUGGUCUCUUCCAACUCUACUAUUCUAUGAUUCUAUGAUUCUAUGAAUCCCAAUCAUGAGUGGAGGGAUGACUGUAAUAUGUAGUUUGCUCUCUAUGCAAUGUCAGAGUUAGCAUCCUCAGUUAUUUCUCCAUAACUGCCUCUUUUUUCUGGCAGAUUCAGUCAACACAUUGUCCCAUAGCUUCAGGGAGUUUUUUUUUUUUAAAUUAAAAAUGAAAGUCAAACGUCCAACUGCUCUCAAUAUUCUUGGAAUGGCAUGUAUAAGAAUGAGAUCUGCCUGUUUGGAGCCAGGUGGCUUAUAUAUGUGAAUGUGAUACAAUUCUCACGUUCACAUAUAUAAGCCACCUGGCUCCAAACUGAUCUAUUGAUUUCAUUUAUUUUCCAGAGGGAGGGAGAAUUGGUCAUUAGAAGCAGUUUUCCGAAAAAGUGCCCAUACAACUUCAGAGAUUCUAGAAAAAGAAACCUUUCCAAACUGUUCUUACCACAUUGGUUCCAAUAAAUUCCUCUAAACAA